CCGUUGUUCCUCCUCCUCCUCCACAGUCCGCAAAGCCAAGCAGGAACAAGACAAUAAUAGCACUAGUCAAGUACAAAUAGACAACUACAACUACUAAUUACUAUACUGUAUACCCUCUUUCUCUCUCUCUCUCUCUCUCUCUUCCUCCAAUCUCCAGAUAUAUACAAUUGAAUUGAUUGAACUCUCUGUGUUGACUUCCAUUUUCCCUGUUUUUCCCUUUCCCCCAAGGACAAGUAUCCUUGUGGUUCUGGGCUUUGGCUCUCUUUUCUUCCUCUGCGUUCGCUUUUCAGUAUUCAUUCAGCGCAGGAUUGCAUCUGCAAUGCUAUAGCGAUAAAGGAUUUUGUGUUGGAAGAAGAACCACCCAGAAACUUGAGCCAAUCGGAGAAUGGUUCGGUUUCGUUGUGGUUCCAGAUCAAUGACGAGCGUGGCCUUCCUGGCUUUCCUCGUUUUGUGGCCGCUGAUGUGCCUGGCGAUUCGUUCUCUCCCGAGCACCACCGGCGCCGGGUCAGAUUCGGUAUUCGACAAGGUUUUCCAGUUCGCUGAAUCGCCGGAGUACCGUAACGGCCGGGGAUGCGCGGUGUUAUCCACUACUAAGGAUUUGGUUUCGUCGGUGUGUGACCAGUCGCUGGUCCACGUGGCGAUGACGCUUGACUCGGCGUACCUCCGGGGCACCGUCGCCGCGGUGCACUCCAUCCUCCGCCACGCCACGUGCCCCGACCACGUGUUCCUCCACUUCAUCGCCGCCGAGUUCGACCCGUACACUCCCCGGGUCCUGACCCGAAUCGUCCGCUCCACUUUCCCGUCCCUCGGUUUCAAGGUCUACAUCUUCCGAGAAGAUACCGUCAUCAACCUCAUAUCUUCGUCGAUCCGCCAGGCCCUGGAGAACCCGUUGAACUACGCCCGGAAUUACCUGGGCGACAUACUCGACCCGUGUGUCAAACGGGUCAUCUACCUGGACUCCGACGUGGUCCUCGUCGACGACAUACAGAAGCUCUGGACCAUAACCCUGACGGGAAAGCGAGUCAUCGGAGCACCCGAAUAUUGCCAAGCCAACUUCACCAAGUACUUCACCGACACAUUCUGGUCCGACCCGGUUCUGCCCCGGGUAUUCCGGUCCAGAAAGCCCUGCUACUUCAACACCGGCGUGAUGGUGAUGGACUUAGAGAAAUGGCGGGAGGGCAAUUACCGGAGGAAAAUCGAGAACUGGAUGGAGCUGCAGAGGCGGCGGAGGAUAUACGAAUUGGGUUCGCUGCCGCCGUUCUUGCUGGUGUUUUCCGGCGAGGUGGAGGCGGUGGACCACCGGUGGAACCAGCACGGACUGGGCGGGGACAACUUGAGCGGGAAUUGCCGGUGGCUCCACCCGGGUCCGGUGAGCUUGCUGCACUGGAGCGGGAAGGGCAAGCCGUGGGCCAGACUGGACAUGAAUAAACCGUGCCCACUGGAUUACCUCUGGGAGCCGUACGACCUUUACAAGCCCAUUCGGUUUGGGUUGAAACAUUCCCAUCACCAACCGUUACUUUUGCCUACCACCUCGGUCACCAAUUUGAUUGGAUACUCUAAUUAUUUCAUAUAGUUUAUUCUUUCUUUCUUUUUUCUUGUCCCUUUAAAAUUGUUUUUGAUAGUUGUGUACAGAUUGUAUUCUUGCCUCUUCAAUAAUGUUCAUUUUCCCA